AUGUCGGACGACGAUUUUAUGCAAGAGUCCGAUGAGGACUACGACUUCGAGUACGAGGACGACGAAGACGAGGACUCCGGUGACGUAGAUAUCGAGAACAAGUACUACAAUGCCAAACAAAUUAAGCAGAGCGACCCCGACGAAGCAAUUGCAGAGUUUCUCGCCAUACCGGGCCUGGAGGAGACAAAGGGUGAAUGGGGAUUCAAAGGUCUAAAACAAGCAAUCAAGCUAGAAUUCCACCAUGGAAAAUACGCCAAGGUUGUUGAGCACUAUGCGGAGCUCUUGACAUAUGUAAAAUCAGCGGUGACGAGGAAUUAUUCGGAGAAGUCGGUCAAUAAUAUGCUCGACUUCAUCGAAAAGGGGGCGCAGGAUGACGAAUCGGCCAAGUGCGUCGAGCAGGUCUACUCGCUCACCCUCGACAGCUUCCAAAACUCGAACAACGAACGGCUCUGGCUCAAAACCAACAUCAAGCUUGCCAAGCUCCUCCUCGACCGGAAGGAUUAUUCUUCGGUCGCGAAAAAGGUCAAGGACCUACACAAGACGUGCCAGCGCGAGGAUGGGACCGACGAUCCCAGCAAGGGCACCUACUCGCUCGAGGUCUACGCGCUGGAGAUUCAGAUGCACGCCGCCACCAAAAAUAACAAACAACUAAAGCGCUUGUACGAGAGAGCGCUCAAGGUUCGCUCGGCCGUUCCUCACCCCAAGAUUAUGGGCAUCAUUCGGGAAUGCGGGGGCAAGAUGCACAUGAGCGAGGAGAACUGGGACGAGGCCCAGAAGGAUUUCUUCGAGUCCUUCCGUAACUACGAUGAGGCCGGGUCCCUCCAGAGGAUCCAAGUGCUCAAGUACCUGCUACUAACGACAAUGUUGAUGAGGUCCAACAUUAACCCUUUCGACUCCCAAGAGACGAAGCCCUACAAGUCGGACCCCAACCAAGGGCUUGAUGAAAAUCAUCACCCCUUUGACCGGGUCACGCUCAAAUGGCUCGCGGAACGCCUCAAGAUCUCGGAGGAGGAUGUAGAGGACGUCCUCGGGUUUCUCAUCGCUGAUGGGAAGCUCGAUGCACGGAUCGAUCAACAACAGCGCACAGUGAGUUUCCUCUCGCGGGCAGACUCGGAACGACUCAAGUCCUUACAGGAGAUGGCCGACGUGGUGGCGCACUUUGCAAACGCCGUCCACCGAGACAACUCAAAUAAUGGUAACCGCUUCGAACUAAGGGAUAACAAGGUUCUCGCCCCCAACACAAAGCGCAGCUACCGACUGGCCGGCAAAACUUGGUACCGUUACAGCCCAAGUUCAUAG